CAUCUCGCUGAUCCCGGUGGUACUCCUCCUCCUCUUUCUCACUUGCAUUUUCAAUUCAAGCGUGUGCCGGGAAAAGAACCAAAAGAGAUGUUCUCUGCUCUCUGAAGAUGGAAAACCAGACCAAUUUGAGGCGUGAAGGAUUUUAGAGCUCGAUCGGGAGUUUUUGAGGCUUCCCGCGAUGUGCGAGACGGCGGGCGACGCGGGUCAAGGGCCAGCCAGCGGCGGAGGGUAGCGGCCAGUUGUCGGCAUGAGUCGAGGGAAAAAGUGAGAUCCAUGCUGGGAGGACCAUGGCCAAGAGGAAAGGGCUGCUCUUCUCUCUGCUCUACUUGACGGCAGAGUUCUGGCUCAGUUGGCAGCAGGUCCUCAGGAUUGGCGGCAUCUUCGAGACCCUGGAGAGCGAGCCCAUCAGUAUGGAGGAGCUGGCCUUUAAGUUUGCCGUCACCAACAUCAACAGAAACCGAACCCUCAUGCCAAACACCACCUUGACCUACGACAUCCAGAGAGUUAAUCUCUUCGACAGCUUUGAGGCGUCCAGAAGAGCCUGCGACCAGUUGGCGCUAGGCGUGGGGGCCGUUUUCGGACCUUCCCACAGUUCAUCGGUGAGCGCCGUCCAGUCCAUCUGCAACGCGCUGGAAGUCCCUCACAUCCAGACGCGUUGGAAGCAUCCGUCCGUGGACAAUCGAGACAGCUUCUACAUCAACCUUUACCCCGAAUAUGCCUCCAUUAGUCGGGCCGUGCUGGAUAUUGUGCAGUACUACAAGUGGAAGACGGUGACCGUGGUCUACGAGGACGCCACGGGACUGAUUCGUUUGCAAGAGCUGAUCAAAGCGCCGUCCAGAUACAGCAUCAAAAUUAAAAUACGACAGCUGCCGGUGGGGAGUAAAGACGCCAGGCCGUUGCUCAAGGAGAUGAAGAAGGGGAAGGAGUUUUACGUCAUUUUCGACUGCUCCUACCAAACAUCGGCUGAUGUACUCAAGCAGAUCCUGUCCAUGGGGAUGAUGACUGAAUACUACCACUUCUUCUUCACAACUUUGGACUUGUUUGCUCUGGAUCUGGAGCCGUACCGCUACAGCGGCGUCAACAUGACGGGUUUCCGCCUACUCAACAUCGACGACCCCAAAGUGGCUUCGGUAGUGGAGAGGUGGGCCACGGAACGGCUGCAGGCCCCCUCUAAGGCCGAGACCGGAAUGAUGGAAGGCAUGAUGACGACGGAAGCGUCCCUGAUGUACGAUGCAGUCUACAUGGUGGCGGUGGCCUCGCAACGCGCCGCACAGCUCACCGUCAGCUCCCUUCAGUGCCACCGACACAAGCCCUGGCGUUUUGGGGCGCGCUUCAUGAACAUGCUCAAAGACGCGCAGUGGAAUGGCUUAACGGGACAAAUUGUCAUCAACAAGACAGACGGCCUGCGCAAAGAUUUUGAUUUGGAUGUGAUCAGCCUCAAGGAGGACGGAUUGGAGAAGAUAAUCGCGGGCAACAAUCGCCUGAAUAAAGUGUGGAAAAAGAUCGGCGUAUGGAACUCCCAGACUGGCCUUAAUCUAACCGAAAACAACAAGGACAUGGGCACAAAUGUGACCGAUUCCAUGGCCAAUAGGACACUCAUUGUCACCACCAUUCUGGAGAAUCCUUACGUGAUGUACAAGAAAUCGGAUAAGCCGCUGUACGGAAACGACCGCUUCGAAGGAUACUGCCUGGACCUUCUCAAGGAGCUCUCUAACAUCCUGGGCUUUUCCUACGAGGUCAAGCUCGUGUCCGACGGGAAAUACGGCGCUCAGAAUGACAAAGGGGAGUGGAACGGCAUGGUGCGCGAGCUCAUCGACCACGUGGCCGACCUAGCGGUUGCGCCGCUCACCAUCACCUACGUGAGGGAGAAGGUGAUCGACUUCUCCAAGCCCUUCAUGACGUUGGGCAUCAGCAUCCUCUACCACAAACCUAACGGCACCAAUCCGGGCGUAUUCUCCUUCCUCAAUCCGUUGUCUCCUGACAUCUGGAUGUACGUUCUCUUGGCCUGCCUGGGCGUCAGCUGCGUGCUCUUUGUAAUCGCCAGGUUCACCCCGUACGAGUGGUACAACCCUCAUCCCUGCAACCCUGAUUCGGACGUAGUGGAAAACAAUUUCACUCUCAUAAACAGCGUCUGGUUCGGAGUGGGAGCGCUCAUGCAGCAAGGUUCCGAGCUGAUGCCCAAGGCCCUCUCCACGAGGAUCGUGGGCGGGAUCUGGUGGUUCUUCACGCUGAUCAUCAUAUCCUCCUACACCGCCAAUUUGGCCGCUUUCCUGACCGUGGAGAGGAUGGACUCGCCCAUCGACUCCGCCGACGACUUGGCCAAACAGACCAAAAUAGAGUACGGCGCCGUGAGAGACGGUUCCACCAUGACGUUUUUUAAGAAAUCCAAGAUCUCCACCUACGAGAAGAUGUGGGCUUUCAUGAGCAGCCGGAAAAACACCGCUUUGGUGAAGAACAACCGCGAGGGUAUCCAGAGAGUCCUCACCACCGACUACGCUCUCCUGAUGGAGUCGACGAGCAUCGAGUACAUCAGCCAGCGCAACUGCAACCUCACGCAGAUCGGGGGUCUGAUCGACUCCAAGGGUUACGGCGUGGGAACCCCGAUAGGUUCCCCCUACAGAGACAAGGUGACCAUAGCGAUUUUGCAGCUUCAGGAGGAAGGCAAACUUCACAUGAUGAAAGAGAAGUGGUGGCGCGGCAACGGCUGUCCCGAGGAGGACAGCAAAGAAGCUAGCGCUUUAGGCGUGGAGAACAUCGGCGGUAUCUUCAUCGUCCUGGCGGCCGGACUGGUCCUCUCCGUUUUCGUGGCCAUCGGAGAGUUCAUCUACAAAUCCAGGAAGAACUUGGACAUCGAGGAGGUGAGCGUGGGCCAGUGCGAGUGGCACAACAAAUAUUGAGGGAGGAACGGACGCGCCACCGGACUCGUUCGGGAUGUGCCCUUUCUUAUCCGACUGCAUUGUUACAAUCAAAUUUAUUGUUUUAAGUAGUUUUGAUGUAGAGCUCAUGAAUAGUUCAGUUGCAAGAAUAGAUUCAAAUAGACGUUUGACAUCAUGAUGCUUUAGCCUUGCAAGCUAGCUUGACUUUAGCCGUGUGGCAAGUCAGGCUAUGUUAAGACGGAAAUGCAAAACUGGCGCUUUGUUAUGACUUUUUAACGCAAAAAGUGCUCGAGACUUGUAGUGUGCGUAAAUACUGGUUUAUAUCGGACGCAUCAGAGGUCAGGUUAGCCAAUUGCAACAAUGCAACAAUUGGCUAACUUGUAUCGCAAAAGUCUGCAACCUUAAAUGUUAUAUAAUGCUCAUGUUUACAACAAUUGGCUAACUUGAAUAGCAAAAGUCCAAUAGCUUAAAUGCUAUAUAAUGCAAAUGUUUAAACAAUUGGCUAACUUGCAUCGCAAAAGUCCAAUAGCUUAAAUGCUAUAUAAUGCAAAUGUUUACAACAAUUGGCUAACUUGUAUUGCAAAAGUCAGCUAGCUUAAAUGCUACAUAAUGUUCAUGUUUACAACAAUUGGCUAACUUGAAUAGCAAACGUCUGCUAGCUUAAAUGCUAUAUAAUGCUAAUGUUUACAACAAUUGGAUAACUUGAAUUGCAAACAUCAGCUAGCUUAAAUGCUGUAUAAUCUUCAUGUUUACAAAAAUUGGCUAAAUUGAAUAGCAAAAGUCUGCUAGCUUAAAUGCUAUAUAAUGCUAACGUUUACAACAAUUGGCUAACUGGCAUAACAAAAGUCCACUAGCUUAAACGCUAUAUAUUGCAAAUGUUUACUAUAAUUGGCUAACUUGCAUAGCAAAGGUUUGCAAGCUUAAAUGCUAUAUAAUGCUAAUGUUUACAACAAUUGGCUAACUUGUAUAGCAAAAGUCUGCUAGCUUAAAUGCUGUAUAAUCUUCAUGUUUACAAAAAUUGGCUAAAUUGAAUAGCAAAAGUCUGCUAGCUUAAAUGCUAUAUAAUGCUAAUGUUUACAACAAUUGGCUAACUGGCAUAACAAAAGUCCACUAGCUUAAAUGCUAUAUAUUGCAAAUGUUUACUACAAUUGGUUAACUUGCAUAGCAAAGGUUUGCAAGCUUAAAUGCUAUAUAAUGCUAAUGUUUACAAAAAUUGGCUAACUUGAAUAGCAAAAAUCCGCUAGCUUAAAUGCUAUAUAAUCUUCAUGUUUACAACAGUUGGCUAAAUUGAAUAGCAAAAGUCUGCUAGCUUAAAUGCUGUAUAAUCUUCAUGUUUACAAAAAUUGGCUAAAUUGAAUAGCAAAAGUCUGCUAGCUUAAAUGCUAUAUAAUGCUAAUGUUUACAACAAUUGGCUAACUGGCAUAACAAAAGUCCACUAGCUUAAAUGCUAUAUAUUGCAAAUGUUUACUACAAUUGGCUAACUUGCAUAGCAAAAGUUUGCAAGAUUAAAUGCUAUAUAAUGCUAAUGUUUACAACAAUUGGCUAACUUGAAUAGCAAAAGUCCACUUGCUUAAAUGCUAUAUAUUGCAAAUGUUUACAACAAUUGGCUAACUUGCAUAGCAAAAGUCCGCUAGCUUAAAUGCUAGCAAUAAUACAAAUGUUUACAACAAUUGGCUAAAUUUCAUAGCAAAAGUCCAAUCUGUGAAAUUGUGUUAGUAUCCCCUUAAGAACAUUCCCCAUUUAUGAAUGGCAUCACUCUUCUGCAAUAACAUCACGCCAGUGGCAGGAAAUUCAACGGUGCUUAGCCAUUUUCUUUUUGACCAUUAAAAAUCAUAUUUUGCAGUUUUAUGAAGUACCUUCAGCAUGCUUGAUCAUAACUUUGUUCAAGCUAUAUAUCCAAGAAAGGAAUUGAAUCAUUUGAAAAGGUUUAAGUAUUGUAAGUGAUUUUCAUGCUUGUUAUGCUAUUAUGCUAGCAAAGUUAGGCUGAGGCACAAACUCCAAAUGGCACCCAAUUUAAAAAAAUGACCCACUUGGUUUUGAAAAGAGAACAAAUGCUUAAAAGUCUGUUGAACAGACAGCAUUUAUACUGUAUAUAGGCUACUUUAUCUUGAACAUGGCUAAAAUCAAGCUAGCUUGCCAGGCUAAUGAUGCUUAACCAUCAUGGCCUUUCUAUUUUUAUGCAAAAAAAUAAAUUGUACCUUUCAUUUGUGUGAUCAAAUGUCAUUUUUAUUUGUGAGCGAGUAGCGAUGAAAUCCUGUUUUA